AACUCAUUCUCGGAGACCGACGUCACCCUCGAUGCCUUGAUGUGGACGCCAGUGCUCAAGCAAAGUUCCUCGUACAGACUCAUCACAGAACCCGCGUUCAAACCAAACCCUGAAGCUUGAAGUCGAAACCGAAUGAAUUCAAUCGCGUCUUCACUAAUUUGUCCGACAUUUUGCUCUGAUGGUCCGCUGUAUUGAUCGGUUGCCGACGUCUGUCACUGUCACAAGGGGAGGUUCACUGGGCAGGACAUCUAAAAGAUGGUGGCACAAAGUUCCUGACCGCAUUCUCCAUUAGACGUAGCUUCGCGCUGCCAUCGACAUCAGAUCCCUGAGAAGUUACCAGUGAACUGCAGAAGGUUCAAUUCACGUCACCCAAAACGGUUAGCACUGUCUAGUCUUCCUUGAUGGAACGAAUGACCUGUUCAUUUAGAACGCCGAAAAGUCGCACGAGUGCGCCCAGAACCUCACGUUAGUGUUUCGGCUCCUAUUGUAAGCUUCAGCUCGAACGUCCAUUGCACAACUAGUUGGACUUUUUUGCAGUUGACGGACUUCAACACCCCAUUCCCUCUUUGAGUAUGCUGUCUUUUAGCGCAGCUUUCGCUCUAGCCCUUCUCGCACUUGUUAUACGGCGAGCUUACAAAGUUUACACGGCCGUGAAGUCAUUCAAGGACAUUCCGAGAUAUUACGUCCUGGUUGAUCCAUUGAAUCCACUGUCCUUCCUGCUCCCGAUUUUCUCAUGGAACCCUGGGCUUGACCAGGCAUGGAAGGAAUGGGAUACGCUAUACAGCAGAUAUAACACAGAAGCAUUACUUUAUGUUCCCUUACUCGCAGGUCACGUUUCCGUACACUGCUCAUCACCAGAGGCCCUCCGAAUGGUCUUGGGUGAUGCAUUCUUGUUCUCGAAACCGGAGAAAGUACUUGCUCUCAAUUUCAUGGGCUCAAACGUCGUUGCCUCCACUGGUGAGCAAUGGCGCAGACAUAGAAAGAUCGCUGCUCCCGCGUUCGACAAUCAAUCCUACGCCAAUGUCUGGGAGGUGACGAGUCGCCUCUACCAUGAAAUGGUGAUAAGUGAGGAGUGGAAAUCCGAUGACCGGCAUUAUUUUGCAUCAUUUAAUCAAUUCACGACAAGGCUUGCCCUCCUUGUCAUCUCCGCGUGUGGCUUUAACAUGCAUCUUCGUUGGGACGAGUCGCCAACUCGGAAAGAGCUCACCAAUCCUAUUGAUUCCACUAUUGUCAUGGUCAGCAAAACUGUACAAGAGAAGGUCAUUUUUCCUAAUUGGGUUUUCCGUCUUCCCAUUGAAUUCUUGCAACGUAUGCGAGUCGCUUUCGCUGAUCUAGAGACGUUUCUACAUAACGAGAUUUCUGCCAAAAAGGCCGAGUUGAAGAACGACCUGCAUUUCGAUGGAAGCCUCAGCGAAUCGAACAAGACAGUGUUCGGCCGUCUCGUUGCUGCAAGCCAGCAGGAGGGCGCAAAAGGACUUGAUGAUCGGGAGAUUGCUGGCAAUCUCUUCAUUUUCUUCUUUGCAGGGCACGAGACCACUGCCCAUACCCUCGUAGCCACGCUUGCCAUGUUGGCUAUCCACCAAGAAGAACAAAACAAUGUAUACAAGCAUAUCAUGUCUGUACUAGGCGAUGCGGAGCCGACUUUUGAAGAUUACAAUUCUCUAGCACCUGUUUUGCAUUGUUUCCAUGAGACUAUCCGGCUGUUUCCUGCCGCAUAUGUGAUGCUCCGUUCACCAAGCGAAGAUACUGCAAUAUCCGCGUCGAAACUCACUCCCUCCAGUGAUACAGUCGUCUUGCCCAAAGGCACCGAAAUCGUUCUUGAUAUAAUAGGAGCAGCCAGAAAUCCGCGUAUAUAUCCCGACCCAGCCUCAUUCAAACCUUCUCGUUGGAAUGCUCCUUCCGCUCUUGAUAACUUCCUCGGUUUCUCUUCGGGACCAAGGGUCUGUCUUGGCAGAAAGUUUGCAACGGUUGAGGCGGUGUGCUUCCUCACUUGGCUACUGCGGGAAUGGAAGGUUGAUGUCAAACUGGACGCCGGGGAGACUUUGGGGUCUUGGCAGCAGAAGUACUUGAAGCCUACUCUAGGCAUCACUCUCAAGACAGGUGAUGUGCCGUUGCUCCUGACAAGACGGAGCGCUUGAGUGCCUGGUGCACCCUCAAACUGUGUCGGUGGUUUUGGGUCGUCCUCUGCUAUAGACAUCCGUAUUGUCUUAUGAUUUGUCGCAUCGAACAUGAUACAUUAGAUGCCUGGCGGUAGAGAAUUCGCCUUCUUAGAGAACUCUGCGCGUGUAUUGCGCACUGAAAUGAUUGGUCGUCCUACAAACACUGAAGUUCUAUAUGAUAAAGUAGUAGUCUAGGUAAGUAAAUACGUUCUCUCUCGGGGUUGAAGUAGUCUACAUAAGGUGCGGCCCUGAAAUGACUAUAAACGGG